CUCGCGACUAGGCUGCCGUAGGACGUUUAAGGAACUGAGCGCUCGACGAGCAAGCUUUUUCGCCGCACCGACCGAACAACCUGAGCUCUUCUUAGCCACUCGAGAGUGACGAACCCAAGACGUCUUCAGUCGCACCAUUAACUGGGCACCCGCUAACCACACGUGACGCACCUGUACCGAAUACCGUGCCGAACCGAGGAACGAGGCUUCCGGUCAACAUGAACGGAGUCAACCACAGCGCUGAAACGGCUGGAGAGCCAACACGCGUAUCCCAGGCCUACAUCAUGGAGCCGAAGAUGUUGACCAGCAGCGGAAAUUCAGUCAUCUUCUCCCUCAAGGAAGAGGUCGGCGCUCUGGCAAGGGCCUUGCACAUUUUCAAGGAGAACGGCGUCAACUUGGUGCACAUCGAGUCGAGAUCAUCGGCGCGAUUCAAGGAUGGUUACGAGUUCAUCGUGAACUUCAACCCGACCGAGGGCAAAGUUCACCAGGCCCUGGAGCAGAUCAAGAACAUGUCGCAGUACAUGCAAGUCAUUUCUAGAGACCUGCCGCCCAAGGAAGAGGACGCCCUGCCCUGGUUUCCGAGGAAGAUCAAGGACCUGGACAUUUUCGCCAAUCAAAUUCUCAGCUACGGAUCUGAACUUGACGCCGAUCACCCGGGAUUCACGGAUCAAAAGUACCGCGAGCGGAGAAAGUACUUCGCCGACAUUGCCUACGCGUACAAACAUGGACAGCCGAUACCGAGGGUGAAGUACACGGAAGAGGAGACAAAAACAUGGGGCACCGUGUUCCGGGAGCUGACCAAGCUGUACAAGACGCACGCCUGUCGCGAACACAACCACAUCUUCCCGCUGCUCAUCGAGAACUGCGGCUACCGGGAAGACAACGUGCCACAACUCGAGGACGUGUCCAACUUCCUCAAAGACUGCACAGGUUUCACACUGCGACCUGUGGCCGGUCUACUAUCCUCGAGAGACUUCCUCGCUGGCUUGGCCUUUCGUGUUUUCCACUCAACACAGUACAUCCGGCAUCCUUCUCAGCCACUCUAUACACCCGAACCGGACAUCUGCCACGAGCUUCUGGGACACGCACCGCUGUUCGCAGAUCCAAGUUUCGCCAAGUUCUCCCAGGAAAUAGGGCUCGCGUCCUUGGGUGCCCCGGACGACUACGUCGAAAAGCUGGCCACGUGCUACUGGUUCACUAUAGAAUUUGGCAUCUGCAAACAAGAUGGACACCUCAAGGCCUACGGUGCCGGCCUGCUCUCUUCAUUCGGGGAACUCGAGUACUGCCUCAGUGGGAAACCGGAGAUGAAACCUUUUGAGCCAGCCGUAACCGGUGAGCAAAAGUAUCCGAUCACUCAGUACCAGCCAAUCUACUUCGUGGCAGAGAGCUUCCAAAACGCCCAGAAGAAAAUGAGGGAGUUCGCUCUGUCCAUCCCGAGGCCCUUUACGGUGCGCUACAACCCAUACACACAGAGCGUGGAGAUUGUCGACACGAACAUUCAAGUGCAAAACCUUGCAUCGGACAUUCAGUCCGACAUGACCCUUCUGGCUGAUGCCUUGAAGAAAAUCUGAAGAGGAAACACAAGGUGCUGGCCUUUACUUAAAACGCAAGAAGAGACGGCCAUGCCUAUUCAUACGACGCGGACACCGAGCAUCCAUGCUCGCGGGAAGUGAUACCUCCACAUUGUAUAUCACUGUUCACUAAUAAAGUUGUUUUAUCAAAAUAUAAAUCAAAA